UUAUAAAUCACAAAUUUGACAAACAGACCGAAGCACACAUGUCCGGAUUCUCUUGUGGGCCUUCCCGCGGUAAAGACAAUAACAAAAACCAAGUUGACGCACAGCACCUGAGUUAAACCGAAAGAAUACUUCAAUGAAAUGGAGCUAACAUACGAGAAACAAAAUCUUGAGAUUUCGACAAAGAAUUUUCAACCUGUUUUAAAGAAACCACGGUUUCAGAAAAACUACGCUAAUUUCAGUCCCUCCAGAAGGAAUUCUACAGGGAACAGCUUCAGUUAUGAAGAUUUACUGAGCUUUUUGUUCGACAAGAACAAUAUUCGGCCCCUAAACAUCGAACAAUCAGCCGUAACACACCAAAAAGAUUGCUUCUGGUGUAACGCCAGUUUAGUAGAAUCAAAGUUUCGGUGUCCUCAACACAGAUUAGAAAGCCUUGGCACGAAGCAAACAAAUCAGUUACCACUCACGAUAAGAUCCCUUCCGCCGGAAGUUGGCUUGUGUCAGUCCAGCAUUCCUGGCGCAGGAUAUGGGGUGUGUGCUAAGAGAACAAUUCCUAUUGGUGCAUGGAUUGGGCCCUAUGAAGGAAAGUUUGUGAAGCCCGAGGAAAUAUCUUCUGCUGUAGACACAUCUUACAUGUGGGAGAUCUACAAAGACGGCAUAAUGACAGGAUGCAUUGAUGGCAGCGAUGAAAAUUAUUCCAGCUGGAUGCGUUUUAUCCGCUGCGCACGACACACAGGGGAACAAAACAUGUUUGCCUUUCAAUACCUGGGCAAGGUGUUUUAUCGCGCUUUCAAGACCAUCCAACCAGGACAGGAAAUGCUUGUGUGGUACGACGACAAAUAUCCACAGUACUUUGGUAUCCCCUCAGCUAUGUUUGACAUGGGUACUGUCAUACCAAGUGAUACCAGCUCCAAACCUAAUGAGGUGAUUGUUGUCACUACUCACGUAACAAACCAGCCGUUAGACACCAGUCCACAAAGUUCCUUCUUUCCCAGUCCUCCUCCCUCGCCUGUUUCUCAUUCCAGUAGCCAAUUUGGAUCAAAUCCAGUUAGUUUGAAAGGAAAUUGCUCUCCUAUACGUAAGACCGGCGAUGAAAGGCUUUCUUCUCCCAAGCACGAAGGCGCGAUGAAACCUGUGCCAGACAUGAAGUUCGUCUUUGAGAAUGGCUACAGUCCGCUGAAACAGAAUGAGGGUAAUGCAGUAACAGAAGCUGAGCGAGGACGUCCUGAAUCAUAUGAAUCACUCUCGCUGCCUGGGGAUGAAUCAAAUGUUUGUAAAAAGACAGCAGCAGUAAAUACCGACUCCAAAGCCACGGAGCUUAGCGUAGGAACAGCUACAACUUUUAAAGAAAUGUCUGUGUCUCAGAUGGCAAUUGGUACCCAGAUCCCACCAAUUCCUUAUCAGUGUGGUCACUGCCCAGCCUCUUUUAACAAUGUCUGUAAAUUGCGCGCACAUGCUGUCAUCCAUGUCAGCAAGAAACCCUUCAAGUGUGGGUACUGCUCACGCUCUUUCACGGGGGCAACCACUGUGAACAACCACAUUCGAUCACAUGUUGGAGGCCGAUUGUUCGCCUCUAGAAAACGUCCUCUCCAGACUGAGGAACGAGUUUCUUGCACAAAAUGGGCGGUGUUGCUAGUUAUUUCCUUGAAAUAUGCCCUGGAACUUAAUACCUUUGAGGUAAGCUUUAGGUCUUUGCACCUCCUUCCAAGCGAGCACACUGAGAUGAGUAGCGCAGGCAUUUCACGUCCUAAAUCCACAAGCGAACACACAUUAUUAAAUCGAACGCAACGAAGAAUUCGCACACAAGCCGCGGAUGCCAACCUUUGUACCACAGAAGAUCUUUACCAAUGUUUAUACCAGCGAAAUCAAGUCAUUUCUGUGAGCAAGGACGAUUUUAGAACUUCACGUCUACAUAAAGAAGAAGUGUUCAGCUACUGGUGUAAAGGAUGUCGCCUGGAACGGACAGAGCCAUGUCAAUUCCAUGAUCCUCAACUGUCAUUCAAACUGACAACUUCAGAAAACCACAACAAUAACACAAACAAUAAAAACGUAAAUUUGCCGAAUGCGGUCGAAUCGUUUCCAAACGAAGUGGGCUUGUGCAUUUCCAGUAUUCCUGGGGCGGGCUACGGAGUCUGCGCAAAACAGAUCAUUCCAGUGGGUACGUGGAUUGGACCAUAUGAGGGGGAACUGGUGCGGCCUGAGGAGGUGGUGCUUGGAUGUGAUGCGUCAUACAUGUGGGAGAUAUUUCAUGAGGGAAAGUUGCUAUAUUACAUCGACGGGAGCAAUGAGAACAAGUCCAGCUGGAUGAGAUACAUUAGAUGCGCAAGGAAUGGAACCGAGCAAAACAUGUACGCUUUCCAGUACUGCGGUAACAUUUACUACAGAGCCUUCAGGGACAUCCCCACGGGCGGCGAACUGCUGGUUUGGUAUGAUGAAAAGUACCCACAAUAUAUGGGCAUUCCCCUAGAAAUAUGCGAAAUAUCCUUCAGUAAUCCUGUUGAUCAAAGACAGCAUCCCGAAAUGGUCGUUGUAAUUCCACAUGAUAAUCCCAAUCCAGGUUCCUGCCAUUCAAAGGAGUCUUCAUCCAGUCCCUGGAAGGAUAAUCUACAAUUCACAACCAGAGUCAGAUCCAUAUUACCGUCACGUGAACAAUCACGUGUCAAACGGUGCUUAUCUAAUAACACUUCUAAUAGAGGCGAAAGUCUGCGUGCAUAUGCUGAGGAAUAUAAACGUGUCCGCCAUGUUUCCUGGACAGCCGAUGGUACGCCAUUACAAACCAGUGCGCAAAUGACUGAAAAUUCUCUUUCUUCGGAAGAAGCCCGAAGUAAGCCUGUAAGUCCAGUUCAACAUUUUGGAUUAAAGAGCGUACAUGUGCAAAAGAUUCCAAACAAUAACCGUCGUGACCUCAAGUCUUCUGGGGGAAAAUACAGUAACGGCUCAAAAAUGGCGCCGUCAAGCAUAGACGAGAAGCAUGCGCAGCUACGGUCUACUGAUGAAGAUGAAAUCAGUUCGGAUGGUUCCGAUGCGAACUUUUUCAACUGCGGUCAGUGUGGGAAAUCAUUUGCUCAACGCUCGGUGCUUCAGAUUCACGUAUGCCCCAACAUGCCACGCAAGCCCUAUCACUGUGGACAGUGCUCUCAGACAUUUGAUCAUCCAAACGAGCUGCGCACGCAUGCUGUCAUUCAUGUGGGCGAGAAGCCAUUCAAGUGUGGUUAUUGUUCACGAUCAUUCGCAGGUGCAACAACUCUUCAUAACCACGUGCGCACACACACCGGUGAAAAACCUUUUUUAUGCGAGAGAUGUGGAAAGAACUUUACUCAGGCAUCCCAGCUUCACAAGCACGAGAAUAUACCCGGGGAUUGUGUUCGAUAUGAUGCCCUGCCUGACUGAAAGAUUGCUAGCAAUCUGGCUCUCUUUUUAUGAAGCUCAUAGUUAGUGUUCAUCAUACAUUUUUUAGUUGAUAAGAUAAAUUAUUUCGCAAAAAAUCGAUUCAAAGAUUGCUUAGGGAAAGGUUUUGUGUGACAGUAGCAAAAAAUAAAGAUGUCUCGUUGUAAUUGAAAAAAAGAAAAACAAGUCCAUUCAUUUCUUUUCCCGAAAAUUUCAAUCCAGAAUUAUUCGUCCGUCUCAAAUCUGAUAGAGGAUGUCUUCUCUUGUUAAAUUGCGUAGGCAUAGCAAUAACGUCGUGAAACAAAAUGUUCUUUUCUCAUUGUUAUAUUUGAAACGCACACCUCAAUGGCUUUUACCACGAGUAACUGUUUGACGUUAGCAACAAAUGAAAAUAAAUUUUUGCUGUUGGUGGCAUUUUUCUCAAGAUA